AUGACCAUGAAGAGCGCCUUCUGCGACGAGCUGGUCACCGCGUGCGACGGCCAGAUCGACUUCCCGACGUACGAUAGCGGCACCGUGGACUACUGCACCAAGCACACCGGCCGGGGGGGAGGACUUAUAUUGGUCGUACCCCUACGAGGCAGCAUGAGACAGGUGAACCUGGACAGCAUGGAUGAGUCUGAGCUGGUGAUCGACGUCGCCGGGCCGGUCCCCUCCGGAGGCAGUUUCUACGGCGACUUCGAGGAGGGCCUUCUGGACGUGGCAUUCGGGCCAAUGUUCGGCGACAACUCCUACCCGCAGUACUUCUAUGUCAGCUACACGGUCCUGCUUGACGACGGCGAGAACCAACGCAACCGGCUGGCCAGGUUCACGUACGUCCCGGGGGACGCGGCCGCCACUCGCGCCUCGGAGGAGGUGUUGCUGACCACCGUCCCCAAGUACAACAGCGUUCACUCCGCCGGCUGGCUUGGCUUCAAGCCCUCGGCCUACGGCAGCCCCGGGUACCAAGACCUGUACUGGACGACCGGCGAUGGCGGACCGCAGACGGACCCUUUUAACCACAGCCAGGACGGCACCGGCUACACCAUCCCCCCCGGGAACUACCACGGAGCAAAGGCCGAGAUCUGCGCCAUCGGUCUCCGCAACCCGUGGCGGUGUAGCUUCGACCGCUUGAACGACGACCUCUACUGCGGUGACGUCGGACAAAUCUCGGUCGAGGAGAUCAACUUCAUCGAGUGCGGCAACAACUACGGGUGGUCGAGGUUCGAGGGCUCCCGCUGCCAGGAGGCCGUUCAGGACAACGAGUUCAACCCCCCUUGCGACGGCAUAAGCCGGUCGGGCUUCACCUUCCCGCUCUUCGAGUACUGCCACCCGGACUUCGACUCCACAGACGCGGACGAGCAGAAGUUCACCGGAGGCGCCGACACCUGCGGGAACCGGUUUGUGGAAAAGGACGACGGCGGAUGGGCGGUCGGGACCAUCAUCAGCGACGCGAGCAUACAGAUCAUCAGUUUUGCGGAGGAUGCCGACGGUGAGAUCAUGCUGCUCGACUACAAUCACAACAUCUACCCCAUGCCCUGCGGCAACCUGUGCGCCACCAUCUGCCUGGACCAGGCAGAGGACUUGCCCGCCUACGAGAUCUGCGCUUCCCACUGCAAGACGUUGGGCUCCACCUUCUCCGGCGUGCAAAACUCCUUCCAGUGCUUCUGCGGCCCGUCCACUGCCGACUACGCCAAGCACGGAUCGCUGUCUUCCGACAACUGCGAGUACCUGUGCCAUGCCCACCCGGAAGAUUUCUGCGGUGGAUUCAGCACCAUGGAGGUCUUCAGGAUCGACCCCGCCGCCGCCGCCGGCGGCUACUUGGGCUGCUUCGCGGACGUGGAGGAACCCCGCGUGUUUCCGGAGAGCGGGAAGACGGGGUCGAACGCCAUGACCACGGCGACGUGCGCUGGGCUGUGCUCCGACUACGCCUACUACGCCACUCAGUACGGGAGAGAGGUGUACUCGACCGGGUACCUCGGUUGCUUCGCCGACUCGCAAACCGGCCGUGUCUUCUCCGUCGUCACCGGGUCCAGCAGCAUGACCACAGCGGAGUGCGCGUCUACUUGCUCUGCUUUCGCCUACUACGGCACGCAGUACGGGGGAGAGGUCUACGGCACUGCCUAG